AUGACACUCUUAUCCACCAAAACACUGCCACCUCCUUACUCAUAUAGAUGGAAAUUAAAAAACCCGGACUGGUUUUUUUUUAAUACUCUAGUUGAUUCUUUUAUGCAAGAAAAUCCCCAAUCUGAUACCAGCACAAUAGAGAACGAUAUCACGUUCAUUUCAGAGUCCAUUAUUAGAGCUGCAGAAAUAGCCAUAGGAAAAACAUCCAACUCGAUUAAAAGAAACCGAGUUCCCUGGUGGAAUGACCUAAUAAGAGAGUCAAUCAAACAAAAAAACAAAGCUCUAAAAACGUUCCAAAACUCAAAAAACAUUUUGGGACCUAAAGCUGACUCAGUUCUGAUAUGGCGCAGAGUUGGGUCACUCCGAGGCUUCUCCAAGAACCACCAUGUCCACAUCAUGAAAGACACAAAAUUAUGCGCUGAUCCCGACGAGGUAUCCAAUCUCCUAGGAGACUCCUUCUACCAUAAUAGCUCGGAUGAAAAUUACAAUACAACUUUCUUUGAAAACAACGUACAUAUGAGGAACCAACAUCUUAUUUCUAACAUCAGCCCACAUCUUAAUGAACAAACAAAACUCAACUCUCCAAUACUGACCUUCCAGGUUAAGAGCAACGAAAAACUGUCCAAAAUUUACAUUCAAAACAAUGGCGUACCCCAAGGAUCUACACUAUCGGUAUCGCUUUUCCUAUUAGCGAUUAAUGAUAUUCCACUAGGUAUACAACCUCCUGUUAAGUGCACACUAUAUGCUGAUGAUUUCAAUAUAUUCUGCAGAGGCAUCAAUACAAAUAGAACUAUAAAAUACCUACAGAAUGCAAUAACUGCACUACAAGACUGGUCACUUGUCUCAGGUUUCUCUUUUUCAGUCGAAAAAUCACAAUGUAUCUUCUUCACUAAUAAAAGAAAUAUUGGUAACACCACCAUAUCUAUGAACAACACCCCCAUACCAAUAAAAAACACCAUCAAAAUAUUAGGCAUACGGUUCGAUUCUAGAAACACGUGGAUACCUCAUCUCAAGACCACCCGAAAAGACGCACUUCUAAGAAUGAAUACGCUUAAAUGCCUCGCCCACAAGUCGUGGGGAAGUCACUCUUCUAGCCUUUUACAAAUAUAUAAAGCAUUUAUUUUCUCCAAACUCGAAUACAACUCUUAUCUGUUCAUAAAAGCUAAGGCAACAGCACUCAAAAUGAUUGAUACCGUACACAACACAGGGCUAAGACUAGUUACUGGGGCCUUUUGUUCAAGCCCGAUUCCCAGCGUCCUUAAUACAGCCAGAAUAACCCCACUCGACAUCAGGAGAGUACAUAGCUCCAUACUACUAGCAACCAGACGCACCCAAAUCAACCUCAAGGUAAUGAAUCAAAUGAAUGACACCCUUAAAGACCUUCCAUUUUCUCACCUGAACGUUAUCAAGAACGAAAUCAUACAGACACUCCCUUGGCUAUUAAACAACCCCAUUAACAGUGAACUAAGUAAAUAUUCGAAGGACGACACCGCACCCAUAAUUUAUAAACAACACCUAUGUUCAAUCACCUCCAGGUUUCACGAUUGUACCAAAAUAUACACGGACGGUUCCAAAAUGGAAAACGGUGUCGGAGAGGCUGUAGUAGUCCAAGACCACGUUUCCAUGCUGAGACUACCUAAUUUUUGCUUAAUAUACACAGCCGAAGCAAUGGCCAUAUCAUUCGCCCUAGACCUCAUCAAAACAAAAUGCAUACAUAAAGCAGUAAUCCUUAGUGACUCACUUAGUACCUUGAGGAGCAUUGAAAACAUCUCCAACCCAAAUGAGAUCGCCAGAAAAAUCCAGAACCAGAUCUACAACCUUACACAAACCGGCUACUCGAUUACCUUAAUAUGGAUACCCAGUCACAAUCAAAUUCCGGGAAACGAAAGGGCUGAUGAAAUAGCACGCCAAGCAAUAACCUCCACUAAUGCCAUUAGACUUAAUUACUUUACCCUGCACGACGCCAAAUCCAUAUCCAGUACAAUAGUAAACAACAUAUGGCAACGGGCAUGGAAUCAAGCUGGUACUAUUAGACAAAACCAUUAUGCCAAUCCUUCGUUUCCAAAUGAUAAAACACUAGCCAAAAUGGAACGAGACUCUUGUUAUGAAGUAACAUCAAACCAUACAAUUGGUUUGACUAAAUGGUUUAAUAACAAAACCGUAUACAUGGGAUCAAAUUUCAUUACAUUUGAUAACUCUAUUAUUACCGUCAAAAGAUUUGAUAGAACAUUAAAAACUAUUAUAGAUAUUGCACACCCAGAAGAAGAACGACACAACUCAAAUAUAACAAUUAUACAGUACAGGUAA